CAAAAGAAGUUAAAAAACAACUCUCCUCCUUCACCUUUUUCCCUCUCUCGCCACCUCAAAACUCAGAACUAUUGCUUACUCUCGGCUCCGACCAGUUUGUACUCUAGACUACUACUUUUGAGUAAUAGAAUUAGCGGAAAUGGCUCUCAGGCCCCUUGAUAACGCUCUUCCAACCACGCCGGAAAGGCCCAAAAAAGUCGCAAAGAUCGCCAUUUCUACCAGAAAGCCAUCUUCUGAUCUGGGAGUCAAUGAUGAAAACAAGGCCCCACCGGCGGCGACUGGGGACCUGGCAGUCGAUUACAUUGCAUCAAAGGAUCUCAAGGCCUUACCAGAGCCAGAAACCAAGAUUCAAAGCUUAAUGGAGGGACUAAAUUCAAAGGACUGGACGAAGGUGUGCGAGUCACUAAAUGGCACGAGGCGAUUCGCACUUCACCACUCCUCAUUGUUGCUACCGAUCUUAGACAAAGUCACUCAGGUAAUGGUGAAAGCAAUGAAAAAUCCCAGAAGCGCACUCUGUAAGACGUCCAUUAUGGCUUCGUCCGACGUCUUCAACGCCUUCGGCGGUAACAUACUCGAUUCCGCCGCCUCCGAUGCCUUUGAUCCCUUGCUGCUGCAGCUUCUGCUGAAGGCAUCUCAGGAUAAGCGGUUCGUGUGCGAAGAAGCAGACAGGGCGCUGCAGGCUAUGGUAGCUUCCAUGCCGCCUGUUCCCCUUCUCCAUAAGCUCCGGGCCUACGUUAGCCACGCCAAUCUUAGAGUGAGAGCUAAAGCUGCUGUCGUCAUUUCAAACUGCGUCUCCAAUAUGGGACUAGGAGGAAUGAAAGAGUUCGGGUUGGUUUCUCUGAUUCAACUGGCCGCUGAUUUACUGAAUGACAGGCUCCCCGAAGCAAGAGAAGCCGCCCGGAGCACGGUGACUUCAAUCCAUGAGGCGUUCAUUAGAGAUGAAGCACUGAACACUAAUGACGGAUCGUCGCUGGUUGAGCGGUGGCAGAGCUUCUGCUCUUCUAACUUACCACCCAUUCAAGCACAAUCAGUGAUGAAGAUAAUCCCAUCUUAGUUGUGGCCAUCGCCACAGUAGCAGAGUAGCCGCAGGAGCASAAUUAGCUUUAUUUUUCAGAAUUGGUAUUAAUUAGACAUUUUUGUAGAUGGCAUAAAUCAUGUAAAUGCUGCUUUUACAUGAUAAAUGAGCAAAGAUGUGUUGAACAAUCAUGAGGAAGCUAUCUUCGCGUGUAAUUAGGAAGACGAAGCAUAUUAGUAACAAAUAAAGCGAGAAAAUUAAUGGAGAAUUGUUCCGUGUA